AUGGAAGCCCUCCGCGUGCCCCUCCUCGCGCAACUAUCAGCCCACCUCCUCCUCCACAUCGCACUCCUAAUCCCUCCCUCCACCCUCUCCCAAAAACAACUAGCACUAAGCUUCCUACCCGCUAUCUGGGCAAUCAAUAUCUAUACCUGGACCGCCGGUUUCGGGUUCCUCGCCAUAGCACAGUCGCUCUGGGCGCUAGAACUGCUGGGAGUUCGUCGAGUCAGGGAAGAAUUUUCUUGUUUGAGAUACCAAAGGAUCGCCGCAAAGAAAGUGAAGAUCGAAUCAAGAGUAGAAGAGAAAAAGACCUCCGAGAAGCAGAAACUGAAAGAAGGAAUAACAAAAGAGCCCUACCCUUCCACCCUCUGGCCUCGCAUCUUCUGGGUCGCAAACCUAAUCUGUUCCCUCCGCUACACAUCCUGGCAAACCACCUCAUCCACAUCCCUACCUCCCUCAAAACCCCCCAAACGCAUCCCUUUCCUAACCCACCUCUUCCUCCACACAACCCUCUACCUCCUCCUCAUCGACGCCAUAUCCCUCUACACCCACUUCGACCCCUAUUUCCAAAUCUCGACUCCCAUCUCGGAGCCCUUUCCUCGCCGCUUACGCACUUUCCUCUCUCUCUACCACUUACACCAUAUCCCUCCACAACUGGUGCGGAUUUUAAUCGUUGGAGGCCAGCAAUAUGCCGUAUUUUCGCUCCUUACGACAAUCCCAGCGAUUUUCUUUGUGGGACUGGGAGCGUUGGGAGUGGUGGGUGAUUUUUGGGGCGGAACGAUGGGGUGGAGGGCUGGUGUGGGGAAUCUGAGUCUGGGGACGGCGGUCGUGAGGAGGGGGUUGAGGGGGUUUUGGGGGGAGGGGUGGGUUCAAUAUCUGAGAGUUAUCUUAACAGGACCAGGGAAAGCACUUACGAAGCAAUUGGGCUUACCGGAGAGAGGUCUGAGGGCGUAUAGUUUGAGAGUCGUGAUCGCUUUUGGGAUAUCGAGUUUCUUGCAUGUUUCGACGUUACCGUCUUCUUCUAAUCCUGCGUUUCUGGGAUUGAAGCCGUUGCGGUAUGCGGCGUUCUUUUGGGUUCAAGGGGCGUUGGUUGUUGGUGAAGCGGUUGCUAGCCACUUGCUUGAAAGAGUAUAUCCUAGGAGUUCAAGAGGCGGGUUGGCAAAAGCAGGCUUGAGCGUAGUGAGGUUGGUUUGGGUCAUUGGAGUCAUGUAUUGGACUGCGCCGUUGAUAGUGGAUGAGAUGACUAAAGCGUCAAGGGCUUUUGGGUUAAGGCAGCCGGUUUUGUUUAAGUUGCCGGAGUCGUGAAGACAGAGAGCAAGGAUUUGAGCAGAGGAAGCAACGGUUUACCGGUUUGGGGGUGAAUUACUGGAAGUUCCC